CGAGUUUGAGGGCAUUUCUUCAGAGAGAGCAGAAGAACCCCAAAAUAAAACAACAAGAAAAGGAGGAAGAAAAAGAGGAAGCAGAAGAAGGAGAAAGGGAAGAGAAGAUGCAGGCUUCUUCUUUGCACGGGAGAAAAAGGUGUUGUGCCGGUGGUGUUCCAAGCGAAGCGGGCGAAAAGGCGCCACGUGAACGUGAGCGCGACAUGAAGAGGAACUCGCGCGGAAGUCAGAAGGACAACAGAAGAGGCGCAAGGAGAAGAGCGCUAGGUGACCUUCGGCACAACGGAACGAGACAACUGUCUGGAUGCAGGUUAGAACAAGAACUCCAGCGCAGCAGACCAGAGGUCAAAGUGGCCGUGAUCAGGAAGACCAGGAUCCGGAUCGAGGGUGGAACCGAGCGACCCGAUGACAAAUUCAGCAAGGUGGAUCUUCAUAUGAAGACGAAACCCCCAUCUCACGGAGUCCAGAGGAGAAGGAAGACCAAGAUCCACCCCUCGAGAAUUCGAGGAAGAGGUCAACUGCGCCUGUCAAUCACCGCGGAGGCGAGCCAGCUCGUCAUUCGCAUACACGAGGCCCGAGGCCUCAUGGCCAAGACGUCGCGGUCGUGCGAUUCACAAGUUCGAUUGACAUCUGACAUUAACCGCAACAUUGUAAUGAAGACCCCAACAGUGAAUAACAACAAGAACCCGGAGUACAACCACCAAUUCCUGCUGCCAAUAAGUGAGAAUGUUCAUCAAAAAAGGCUGACAUUGUCAGUGCUUAGAAGACACACGGAGAGCUCAGAGAAAAAGGGCUGUCAGCUGAUUGGCUGCAUGAGUUUCAGGAUCGGUCCCCUCAUUUCAUCGCGGAAGCUCGUCGAUGGUUGGUUCUACCUACUGGGGGCGGAGUUUGGAUGGAGAAAACACCUGAGGGUGACCACACAAACCAUCAGAACCAUGACGUCGCCCUCUCGGUGGCCAGAACUCUGCACCGCCGGCGCCUCCGACUCCGCUGCCACUCUUUCACACCCAAAGCGCUUCACCGACCCGCCGCCCAAAACCAUUCGACUGCCAGGACCGGCAGAAUCCGGAACGGCCUGCCGGGACGCCGAACGGAACGUCGCCACGGAUGCCGACCGUGAUGGCAAACGGGACGGCGACCGGGACGCAAAACGGGGCACCGAGCGAGACGCCAACCUGGGCGCCGGAACUCAACUGACGGUCAGCGUCAUCCGAGGACAAGACGGCUUCGGAUUCACCAUCUGCUGUGACAGUCCCGUGCGAGUCCAGUCCGUCGACGCUGGCGGUCCCGCUCAUCAGUCGGGCCUCCGCCAAGGCGAUGCCGUUUUGCAGCUCAACGGACUUCCUGUGGAGAUCUGGAAGUGUGGAGAACUGGCUCACGCCAUCAGGAGUUGUCCCAAUCAUAUCGUCCUGGUGGUGUGGAGAGGCUCACCUGAGGUCAGGACGUGCUGUGAGACUUUGCAUCAUCCACCAGCAGCCAGCAAGACCACCAAGCUGCUGCACCAGCCUGCCCACACUAAACAUGGCCGCCGCAGACGCGAUCGGGGCUCUGUGGUGUCGUCCAGUCUGGAGGUUCUGGGUUCUCUAUGGAGAGAUCGUAAGGAAGAAGAACACGAACAAGGAAAAGAAGGCGAAGAAGGACGAGGAGGAGAAGAAGAACCACCUUGCACCUCCACACUGAAAGGCACCUGCGUGACAUCAUCAAAUGGUGACAAUUACAUCAUCCUGUCCCCUGCGGCGCCACAAGAGCAGAUCGUCCGUCCCGUAUUUGAGGACAGAAGCACGACCAUUGGGCGUCUGUACCAGACUCACCCCAGACGAGGCGUGAACCUCCUCGACGAGGGCCAAGUUGGGUCGCCGCCGCAAGCGCUCACCCACUGGCCAAUGGGCUCGGCGGCUCCUCCCGGGUUGUCCUGCGCCUUCUCCUCGACGCUGCGCAACUACGGCACCCACGGCACCCACCAGAACUACCAGAACUGCACCAUCAUCCAAUCGCAUCGACCUUCCUGCGGCAUCGGCGAAGCGCCCAAAACACUCAUCUUCCCCAUCUUUGUUGAGCCUGUGGACUUGUGCAGCCCCGACAGAGCGCUGCAGAUGUCGGAAGAGAUGCUUCUCCACCAGGCGCAGCAGCUCCCCCGCAAGGUGACCGUGUUGAUCUACGACGACGUCCUACUCGUCAGCAGGGAAGACCACGCCGGACGCUGUCACGUCCUCAAGAGUCCGCUUUACUUCAACACGCUGCAAAUCCAAGAGGUGGCGUCGGCGCCCCAUCACAUCUUCUUCCUGCAAAGUUCCGUGAGCUGCUGGCAAUGUUUGUUCAGUUUGGAGGCCUUCAGUCUGGAGCAGAAGGUUCGAGUCGGCCUCCGUCUCCGUGACAACAUCCAACGACAGCUGGUUGCCAAGGAGACUGGCCACUCCCAGCAGUUGUUGGCCUCCCCGUCGGAGUUGGGGCUCUUCCUCUCUCGGCUGUCUUCCCCCUCCUCGCACCCCCCCUUUCCCUCCCCCUGCGAUGCCCCCGCUCAGCUCGCAGCCCCCCCGUGUCUCGCCCUUGCCACGAGUGCGUGCGCCCCGGCCCGGCCGCCCUCCCCUCCCCCGUCAUCCCGGCCGGCCCUCAGUCCCGUGUGGAAGGGGAGGGGGGAGGAAGAGGAGAAGGAGGAGAGAAGACGCCAUCAAGAGGACUUAAGCUCCACCUCCAAAGCGGAAGGCCUCAGACGUUGCGCGUCCGAAGGGUCCUUGCGAGCACAACCAGAAUCGACCCGCUCGCUUUCCGACAGCACCAUCCACCGCUUGACCUUUGACCUUCACGCCCGUCCCGCCUCCACUCAGACCCUCAGGAAACACCUGACUUCAGAGGGGGUCACCCUGACGCACACGCUCGCGUGGCUCCGUGGGGGCAAGGAUCUUGAAAGUGGAAAUGACCUCAAGAAGAAAAGCAAGACUUUCGCUUCAGAGGUGCGCAGUCGUCUUCCGUUCCUGUGCAGACGCAAGCGUUUGGUCCAAAGUGACAGCCUGGAGCGAGCUCUGAGAAACACCAGGCCGUCUGCAAGGGAGGUGCUGGUCUGGGCCGAGAGUCUCAAGGCUCUCUUGGCCAACCAAUACGGCCUCGCGGUAUUCCGCCACUUCCUGAGGUCGGAGUACAGCGAGGAAAAUCUGGACUUCUGGUUGGCUGCGGAGAAAUUCAAGCAGACCUGCCCCCUCGGCAAGAUGGCGGACAGGGCCAAGAAAAUCUAUGAGGAGUUCAUCUCGUGCGGCGCAUCCAGACAGGUCAACGUGGAUUCAAACGUACGGGAGUUAACCCAACGGAGCCUGCGCCUGGGCGCUGAGACCGCAUCCUUCCAGCUGGCGCAGGAUCAGAUCUUCAGCCUCAUGGAGGCCGACAGCUACCCGCGAUUCCUCCGGUCCCGCCUCUAUGCCCAACUGGCCAAUCAGGAUGCGGGGCUCGCCGAUAACGGCCAAGCCGAUUCUGCCCAAACGCUCGGUCAGAACCGGACAAGAGAGGUUCUGAUCAUGUGAGGAACCCACAAGUGGAGUUGCAACCUUCUUGUAUGAUGUUUGUGUCACUUUGAUCCAUGAGCUCCCGACCAAUCAAAGAUCUUUUGGCUGAAGCUCCAAGUUGGUCAAAGAGGUUCUGAUUGAUCAAAGAUCUUAUGAUGACUGUUCCAGAACAUUCUUAUGAUUAAAGAUCUCGUGGCUUAUAUAAGAAGCUUUGAUUGGUCAACCACAACGGGAUUGAUUGAUUGAUUGAUCGACGAUUUUCUGAGGACGGCAUCACGUGGUCAGCUGCCUUUUUGUGUAUGAGCAGAUCGUAGAGCAAAAGCGCAAAGGCAAAUAAAAAGUCCAGACC